GUGGUUGCACAUUCGCUUCCUGUUCGCAUGAAACAGAUUUACUUCAGCUCAAGAGCCGGUCGCAUUAAAUCGUUGCGUGUCGGGUAGAGCGCUGUCCACCUUUUUGUACUAUUGCCGCUGUGUCCUGAAUUAGUCCUGCAGCAUUUUAUAUAGUCAUUUUCACGGCAAAUUUCGGCAAGUGUAUUUUCUUGUGAUUUGUUGGUUCGGGUAGUUCAUGUAAUCGAUAAAACCGGAUUUUUGAACGUGCAUCCACAAGGGAGCAGCGGCCAAAUUACUAAGGGUGGCUCGCGACUGAGGCGGAAAGUGUGCCACUUGGAAGCAAGGAGACACCAUUAGAGUGUUCCAAACGAGCGAAAAAAACAUCGAAAUUAUCCAAAUAGUUCAAUAAAUUAGUGCCGAUCAAAAAUUUGAAUUGGGGACGGCCGGGGGAGGUGUGUCCUGGGGCGGGCAGAACACCAACCUACCAGCAGUCAGACUCCUCCAUAAGGCCUACCCAAGUAUCUACUUGUGCGAAUAUUUACGGUUUUCGUCGGUUUGUGAUUCUUUCAAUGAUUAGUCUGUAAAGUGAUCUGUGAUUUACCAAAAAAUAGUGAAUGUAAUUUCAAAGUGGUGCAAUAGCUAAGGGAACAGAAUUUCAAAUGGAAAUAAUUGCCGAGGGGAAACAUUUUCGCCUAGUGGAAGAUUCGGAGCUCCCAGAAAUAUUGGAGUACUUGGAACAAUUUUUACCGGAGUCAUUAAAGUUUCAUCAAACAAUUAGAACGUACCUGAAUGAUCGAGUCUGGCAAUUUUACUUUUAUGUGACGAAAGAUUGGCCGGAUAAUCCCGUCUGCCUGCAUUUCCCAGGGUGCACCUUGACCCCGAAUGAUGACACAUAUGAAAGUUUUGGCAUAUUCUGUCCAUCAAAUCAAAUCGAAUGCAUUGAUCUCCUCCGAACUGAAGACGUUUUGAUCGAUUGGAAGAAACCAUUGUACCUGAACUUCACGCACAAGGCUAUCGUUAAUCAGAUAGAGUCAUUUUACACAUUGGAUGGAGGUACAAUGGAAAAACUCGAAGGUGAUGUAUACGUCUACAAUAAGCUCCCAGAGGAUUUACAGGUUGACGAGCUACAAUCCGAUGAGGUUGAAAUGCGUCCGCUCACAAUUGACAAUGCUAAAGUGAUCCAUGACUUAUAUCCGGCCAGUGAGGUAGAGUGUGUGGCUGUUUUUGAAAAAUUGAUUGAAACCCUUCCGGGUAUUGGUAUAUAUCGUAAGGAUACAGGGGAAAUAGCUGCUUGGAUGGUGCAUUCCUACUAUGGUGCCAUGUUUUCUAUGCAAACGAAACCGGAAUUCCGGAGAAAGGGGUUUGGCAUUCACUUAGCUAAAAACCUAACGAAACAGGUAAUCUUUCGUGGAUAUCGUCCAUUUGUUGUAAUUCGUCCUGAGAAUGAAGCGUCGAGAAACUUGUAUACAAAAUUAGGAUUUACCAAGGCUUAUGAAAUGAUUCGUGUGACAAUGAAACCGCAACUGAAAUCUCCAUUAAAUGAUUACCAGCCAGAUGGUAACUGCAAUGAGAAUGACAUUGAAACGUUGCAGAGAGAAUUGCAAGAUAUGUGCAGCAAUGGAUUCGGGAAAUCUACUGAGGAAAUCAACGGCGGGACUAAUGGGAUCCUGGCAGCGGAGGAGAAUUCAAACUAAAUUCACUUGAAUGUCAGUAAACAAUUGUUUAAAAAAGAUUUCUGCACAUAGAACGCUUAGAGGUUACUUCUGAAAAUUUAUAAGUAUUAAGUAAUGUCAACAUUCCAACGCACUUCAUAAGUCAUGGCGCGGGUCAUAGAUGCAAAGAUGCAAGAUACAUUGAAGUCGACGUCAAUAUUCACUACUACUACCUAUGAACGUUAAGUUUUUUGAAAAUUUUCUGCGUUUUUACAUGGAGGCGAGGGAAAUUCAUUCUAAUAAAUUUAUAAUCAUAUACACAACACAUGAACUUCUAGUCAUUUAUAAAUUUAGUGGUUAAGUAGGUGCAUGGCUACUACAUUGAAUUUGUAUCGAAGAAAAUGUGAUUUAUUCUGUAAUACGUAUUGGGCACGCGUUUCCGUUUGUAGAACAAUAUAUAUACUUCAUUGCAUAUUAUUUGAGCGGUCUUGGCAAUGAGAUACGAGUAGAUAUGACUUUUGGAUAAAACAUUUCAUCACAUUUGAGCUUCCUUCAACAACUAGAAUUGACGUAGAGAGAGAACAGCUCCUACACCCUAUGCGGAGCAUACUUAGCACUUUGCUACUAAUUGUCAUCAUCGAGGAGUCUUUCGGACCAUUUUUCCUAAUUACGUAGUUUAGUUAACGUUGAAUAAUAAUUAAAGACAUAGAGUGUUACACGUUUUAAAUUCUCGCUGUAGACACUACCGAAUUGUGAUGAUAAUAAACUGAAUAGAAACUUGAAACCUUAGAAUUCAUAUCAUCAUGAAUUUAUGAACCGAAUUCACCGUCUUAUGUAUAUUGAGAUGAUAUGAAUAGACAACCAACGCCUAAGUGACGUCUUGAUGACAUGAACGAACAAUUAUAAAGUUGAGCAAACAUAAUAUAAUGUGCUUUAACAAAACCAUAUCUUUUAUUUAAAUGUGAAUAUACAUAAUAAAUGUGCAUUUAAUCCAAA